AUGGAUGAUCAGCGCAGACUGCYGGAUUUCUCCCGGAUUCCCCGGAUAAUCUUACAUCGRAUAGACCACCAACAGCAUAACAUUUAUAUGAGGGAGCAAAGUAACCAGGACAGGAGCUCCUCUCUGAAACAGGAAGAGCCAGAACAUCUGCAGAUAAAAGAAGAACAAGAUGAUCUAGAACAUCAGGAGAUAAAAGAAGAACAAGAUGAUCUAAAACAUCAGCAGAUAAAAGUGGAAGAGAAAGUUUACAAUCAGGRCRAAGAACAGCACACACURCAAAAACAAGAGACUGAUACCUGCAUGGUGGUUCCUGUUGAUGAACAAACAUCCCACACUGAAUCAGAACCAAAGAGGAUCCAAGUCAUCUUCCAGGAAGCUGCUGAAGCUGAGAACCAAAAUCAGGAAAAGAGCAAUCCUAAUGACUUUGGAGCAAAGAGAGACGGAGAGAAGGAACAAAAGAGGCAUCAGAAAAUCGAACAACAUGGUGAUGGUUCAAAACAAAAAGGUCAGGAAAACCUUCCUCAAAGUAGUGACUUGGCUAAAAAUACAUCAACUACCACAUGCCAGAGGCCUUACUCAUGUUGGAAAUGUUUCAUUCGAAAAGAUAAUUUUAAUUGUAACAUGACAGAUCACAAAGGUCAGAAACCUUUUUUAUGCGUUAUUUGUGGAAAAGGUUUCAGUUAUACAAGUGAACUUAAUGUUCACAUGAGAGUUCAUACAGGUGAAAAGCCAUUUUCAUGUGAGAACUGCGGAAGAAGGUUCAGUAGACAAAAUAAUCUAACUGUUCACAUGAGAGUUCAUACAGGAGAGAAGCCAUUUUCAUGUGUGACCUGUGGAAAAGGUUUUAGUCUAAAGCAGCAUUUAGCUAUGCACAUGAUGGGUCACACAGGCGAAAAGCCCUUUUUGUGUGUGACUUGUGGCAAACAUUUCACUACAAAAAAUUCUUUGACUAUUCACGUGAGAAGGCACACAGGUGAGAAGCCUUUUCAGUGUAAGACCUGUGGAGAAUGCUUUAUUGAUCAGUAUUCUUUGACUAUUCACACGAGGAKUCACACAAUGUUGAAGCCAUUCUCAUGUGUGAGCUGUGAAAAAAGUUUUUCUCAAAGAAAGCACUUAACCAAGCACAUGAUCACUCACACAGGCGAAAAGCCUUUUUCAUGUGCGAGCUGUGGAAAAUGUUUCAGUCAAAAGUGUACUUUGAGUCGUCACUUAAUGAUUCAUGCAGGCCAGAAACCUUUUCAGUGUCUGACUUGUGGAAAAAGUUUCAAUCAGAAGUGUAGUUUAACUGAUCACAUGACAGUUCACACAGGUGAGAAGUCUUUUUCAUGUUUAACYUGUGGAAAAGAUUUCAGUCGGCGACAUGGUUUAACUCGGCACAUGAGAAGCCACAGAUGAGACACAUGGUUGCCAUGGAGACAMUUUAAAUGAGUAAAAAUUACUGUAGUACAAAAUUAGCAAGCUUGAGUAUAMUUAGCAUACUUGAGUAAAAGGCACAUAGUUCUUUUUUCACACUAGUGGGUUAUUGGGUAUUUAGUAAUUAUAAUGUGAAAAUUGAAUUAAAGUAGUUGGAAAAAAGUCUAUUUUGUCAUUGUUUUUUCCCACAAAGCCACAAGACAAGGAUCAAGCCUCCUGUGGCAACCUUUUAUUGGUGGUUUGCUUGCUGCAGAUCUGCACAUAAUCACAUGUUGUAAAGACAGCUCAGGCAUAAGGAUAGUGUUAGUAGUUCAUAUGAUGAGUGUAUGAAUGGAUGGAUUUUAUAUUGAUUUAAUUGUUGGAAGAGAUAAAUGUUGCGUCUCCAGUCACCAGAAAUUGCACCCAUUUCUGAACCUGACAGACAUUUUUUUGUGAGAUCUUGAAUCAUUUUGUUGGAUUUCUUUAACAAUAUUACACAAGAAGGCAGUGGGUGUCAGGAGUGCUUUGAAAUAAAACACAGCUUUGAAUCUAAUGGCAAUUGUCUCUAAUUUUGUUACUUUUCUUGUCUUCUUUCUAAUAAAUGUCAGCAGUCUGUCCCAGCAGAAGCUUUUCUCUGCAAGUAUAAGUGGAUGUAAACGACUGAUGGAUGGUGCAUUUAUUGUUUUUUACCCCCCUUUUUCUGUACCAUCGACUGGUGAAGUAAAUACAAAACUCCAGCAGAGGGCGCUGUUAAUCUCGCAUCUUGAUGUUCUGAAARAUGUUAUUAUUCCUGGACUGUGUAGAUUACUG